AAAUUGUGUUCAUUUUGCGAUAGCGUUCGAGUUGCGUAGGAGGCUGCUGUCGCUGCUGAGGGGAGUUGAAUUUUUCGUUCUUUGGUUUAUGUUGCUGUUGAUCUGCAUUAACCAUGGACAGCCUCCGUAUCUGUCUCCUCGUUUUUUCCUGUUUCGUCCUAGUCGCUACAGUUGUUAGCAGUGACUGUGUCAAGCAGGAGUUCUCUGGUUGUAACCGUGUCGGCAAGCAGUGUGUCUGCUCCACCGAGACGGCCUGUGACAACCCUUUCUCCUAUCGCGAUGUCAGGCGAUGCCGGCGUGCCCUCUUUGGAGAUACCUGUCGUAAGAACAACUGUGAGAACAAUGGUCAGUGUGUACAGACCAAGCAUGAUGUGUACCUCUGCAAGUGUGAAGGCACUGGCUACUAUGGGCACCGCUGUGAGACAAAAUGCCCCAAAGAUCUGACCAUCGUUCCUGAUGAGGACCGAUUGGAUGCCAAAGCCUGCGUCUUCUAAACCAGUGAACUAUCCCACGAUAUCUCACGACAAUCUGGAUAAUAAACAACACUACUGCCUGCUGAACAAUAUAUUAUUGGUGCUACCUAUUUUAUAGUACUUGUAUUGCAUGCUUUUGCAUUUGACACAUGUAAAGGGUAGAGGUUUAGGUUCUUUACAAAUCAUGUUGUGAUUUGUAAAGAAUACUUGUUUGGUGAUUAUUCCCGGUUUAAAAUUUUCGUCCAAUUUUUAAUCAUCCACCUGACAAUUUGGUCUCAGAAAAAUAAAGAAAACUGCCAUUUUUAUACCAGUAAAGUUUGCCUCAAUUCACGUAUUUAUAGUUUUGUAAGUCACUGAGAACUAUUUUUUAUCUAGGUUGUAUCUAAUCUUGUAGAUAGUCUGAUAGUACUUAAUUUUAAAAGAAAUUCACACCUAUUUAUUACUCGGUUUGAAAUGUUUUGAUUCGGUCAUUGUGUAAAUUUGGGGUCCACUUUUUUGUCCCUGUUACAUCUGACAUCGGUAAUUUUAUAAAAAAAAGUCGUCCUCCGAGAGUGGUUAUUCAUUGCAAACUACUUACCCCCAAAAUAAAACAUCGUUUGAAUUCAUUCUUAAUGAUUCUUGAAUGACAAAUUACAAAGGACCAAGGUAACAGGGACAGGUAAAAUGUCGCACGUUGGACCCUACAUUUAUAGAAUGACCCGUACGAAUAACAAAUUAUAAACGUUUGCUGCUUUUUAUGACGAUGUGAAAUUUGAGUUCAACUGGUGGCAUGAUUUUGCUGCUGUAUUAUAUUAUAAAACCAAGGUAGGUUUUAGAAGUACUUUUCGUCAGUAGAAAGUAUAUAAUUUGUGAACAGUAUUUUCGUACUUAUACAAUAAUAACUAUUUCUUCUAUAGUGGUAGGGAACAAAAAUAUUUGGGGUUCUAUUAAGUUCGCGUUCACAGGAAUUUAUGUGUAGACAUGCAACUUUAUGCACAGGUCAUGAUUAAUGUACUCAAUUCUCACUAUGCAAGAUUAACAUACUCAAUUCUGACUAUGCAAAGCGAUCUUACAAAUAACAUGCUGCAAAUAAAUUUUUAAACAAAUAUAUUUGACCUGUUGAAAAAAAAAGAAGUGUUGAAGACUAAAGAAAAGAUUGAAUAGGGAAAUCCGGAAAUUUUCAAAUCCGCGACAGGAAUUACAAACUCCAGCAUUAUCUUAUAAAUAUUUCCCAAUGUGUCAAGUCAGUAUUCAUUUUUGGAUGAAAGAUUACCUCACCCUAUUUUUUGAUACAAUAUCUUUUUGUAGUUAAUAUUUCCAUUCAUUUAUAUUAAAACAAAGGUGCUUGUAGCUCUGUGAUACCCAAGCCAAUUAUGUACCAGUUAUUGUUUUGUUUGUUUCUCUCUUUGAUAACUAUUAACGUCAAAAACAAGAUUUGACUUUCCAUAACGGGGUUUCAAAGUGAAAUUUGUUGGACGACAAUCCAAAAUGAUUUCACUUGACAACUGGUCUCUUGUUCUGGGCUAAUUUAUUCAACUCAAAAUUGUACAUCAUUAAACAAGCAGAAACACUGAUUAAAAUUAAUAACAUAAUUAGUGCAAUUAAAUAUGCCAGUGAAAAUGUUCAUCAAUUUUGGUGAUUUACUUUCAAAAAAUCAAAAUUUCCA